AUGCUCCAAGAAAUCCAGCUAGUUCAAGGUCAGACGAAUUACGUGGUCGUUUCUUCCGGAUAUCCUUCGAAUACAUUGAAUAAAUCAUCUUUAGAGAAACGAAAUGUUGCUAUAGCUCCAGCGCCUGAGAAAAAUUACGUCACACACGACACUCCACCGAAUCUACACUACAGGAAAAAGGUGCAUUUCAGAACUAAUCCGUACACUGGACCACAGGCUGCGUCAAUAGCGAGACGUAAUGCACGGGAACGAAAUCGCGUAAAACAAGUGAAUGAUGGAUUCAACGCACUUCGCCGUCACCUGCCGGCUUCUGUCGUGGCAGCUCUGUCCGGUGGCGCCAGACGAGGUUCGUCAGGGAAGAAACUUAGCAAAGUCGACACAUUACGGAUGGUUGUUGAAUAUAUAAGGUACCUUCAGCAGUUAUUAGACGAAAGUGAUGCCGCAUUAGGUAUUACGCGUGAUCAAGAAAAUCGGGAAAAUAUUCCAAGCAAUAACUCAGUUCAGCCGAUGACUUCUAUUGACAUGGAUGACGGGUUUUUCUACGGAAGUGGAUCACCUUGUUCAGAGAAGGCAGAUUCGCCAGCUCCUUCGGAAUGUUCUUCGGGUGUGUCUUCGGCGUAUUCGGCUGUCGAUCGUUACGAGGUUACUACGCAGCAACAAAUGGGAUCAAUGGAUGAAGAAGAACUCUUAGACGUCAUUUCAUGGUGGCAACAAAAAUAGUUAUAUCCCACAGAGCCCAAUCAUAGAUGGACGUAACCCUCCGAAAAUUAUUGUGCAUAAACACGAAAAGACUCUUAUAUUUCUAGUCAAAGUGCCUUAAACAUAGUUUUAAUCGCGUAUUUCGGAUACAAAUUCGUUUAUGAAUUGUAAAUGAAAGAAUUAACGAACUGCUCUUUUAAUUGUAAGAAAGAAAACAGACUGAUUGAUUUAUAAUGUAAAGACUAGUUUCAUUGUCGCAAAGAGAUAAUAAACUAAAAUCGAUAUUUGAAUUAAAAGUAAUUAGCCGUGUUUCUGUAAUUAUUUUGUUUUAAAAAAUAAUACAUUUUUCUUUUGUUUUCAAAAACACGUUUGUUCAAAAUUGUUUGGAUAAAAAUUUUGAUACUGCCAGUUAAGUUGUAUUGUUGUACUUAUUUUAUUUCUUAAUAUAAAUUUUUGAAUACAGUUUUCAAGGUCAAAGAAAAAAAAUGCUUUUCACAAAAAAGAAGCAAGCAAUCGAUCAUAAAAUAUAAUCACAUUAUCGUCAUUAAUUUUAAAAGUUAGUGAAUUCUGGCGUAUUGUAAUUUUGUUACCUGUUAAUAAUUACCGAGGCUUUGUAAUUAAUGCGUUCUAGUAAUCGGGUCAGUCGAUUUAAUUGUAAAAAGUUAUACAUAGAUAGCCGUAAGUCAUAAGCUUAGAUAAUAAAACUAUUUAUUG